GUUUUCAGUAUACUAAUUUCUGUAGUGUAAUUAGCAGCGCCAAGUUUGAAGAUGUUUCUUGAUUGUAUUUGAAAUGUUGUAGUUAGGCGCAAUAAGAAUAUACGUAAAGUCGUCAUUGUAUCAUCAUCAUACUGGCCGAGCGCUUGGUCUGACGGAUGUGGUGCCAUUGAAUUAACAAAUGGGAGAUCUGGAUAUAUACUGCAAUUUCAGUAAAUGUCGGAAACGUUUGAGCAGAAUUGCUUGGAUAACAAGUUGUUCCCAUGCAUUUUGCGAAGAACAUGGCGAUAGUGAAUUUUCACAAAAGCUUGAUGACGUGAAAACAUGUCCAACAUGUUCCACCUCUUUGUGUAAUAAGUAUGAUAUUGUUAAAGUGGAUUUGAAUCCAUCACCACAGUUCAGAUCGAUGGUUUUAGCUGGAUUGCGUCCUGAAAUUGUAUUUGAUAUUUCCAAUCGUGCUUUGGCAUUUUGGAGUUACCAAAUUUACAUGGAAAUUCUCUAUCAGUCAUCAGCAGCAAAGAGAUCAAGAGACAAAAUAACACAGCUUGAAGAAUAUUAUGAAAGUAUAGUGAUAAAGCUGAAAACAGAUAUUCAGGCUCGUCGUAGAAAGGAAGAAGAACUGAAGAAAGAAUUAACUAAACAGACUCAAAGAUCAGAAGAAUUAAUAGAACGACUUAAUGAAAUGCAAAGGCAGUUUAAUUCUGUGCAAGCAUCCUAUGAGGCUCUGCGUCGUACACAACUAAAUUUCGUCAAAGCUAAUGAAAAGGAGCAGGCGAACAACUUCCGCUGUCAUGAGAAUGGCAAGACUGGAUUGCAUUUCUCUCUUGGUCCCACCACACUAGACGCAUUGUGUCCAAGAACUCCAUUACAAGACAAAAAGAUCCAGUUCAACAAGGGAGAUGUAAGGGCUGAAAAUGAUGUUGAAGAAUUCACAUUCAAGCCAGUAACACCAUCACCUGAUGCAACAAGACAGUGGAGAAAUCCUCUUGUGAAACGACAAAGAAAAUAGAAUUAAAAUGUGGUCUCUUUUGACACUGGAUAUGAGGAUGCAAUGAAGACAAGUAUUAUUUUAUAUAAAUUUGGACUUAUUUCGAUUUGAAGACCAGUGUGUGUUGUAUUUCAUACCUUAAUUUUUGGCAUGUAUACAGUUUUGUUAAGUAGAAUUUGCACAAAUGACUCUUUAUCAACAACAAAUUUGAACAAAUCACUCACAUCACACCACUUCACUGUAGCUUACUAGUAAUUUUUUCCUCUUUUUAAGGACAAUGCAUAUUUUGUGGCAACUGUUGCAGUUAGGCUGUUUUCUCUAAUUUACAUUUAAAACCAUUAAAAGUAAUAUAUUAACAUAGCACAGAGAAAAUGUGGAAGAACAAAAUUAAAUCAA